ACCGUGCAAAAAAAGAAAAGUGGACGAGUUCAUCAAUACUUGGCACGACUCUCUCUAAUCUCUUUGUAAAUGACUCAACAACUUGUUUAUUAACCCAAGUGUGGUAAGAACACGUGUCUUUAUGGUCAACAAGUUUCGUACCAUCUACCCAAUUCUUCGAAUCGAUCAUAUUUAUACCGAUGCUUCUUUGAUUCGAUAUUUCCUCCGGGUUGAUGACCUCAUUGAAAUCGAAUGAAGAUUCAUAACCUUAACACUCCUCAUUUCUUCAAUUUGUUCUUCUAUUCAUAUUCCAUUAUUAUUCGGGGGAAAACACCCAAAUAGACUAAAUUGGAUGACUAUUAAAAAUGAGGUACUUAAUCGAAAAUCCAUUCUCAGUUUGCCAAGCAUUUCCUCCGCCGGCCGUUUCUUCUCCAUAUAGCGUCCAGCGUCGGCCUUCCUCCGCUUCCUUUGCAGGUCGCCAAGCAUUGCCGCCGGCCAUUCUCAGUUCCCACCUGCUAGUGGCAGAAUGAAAGCAUUCUCCACACAAUCACUCUCCAUUUCUGCGUUGCCUCCGACUCCUACUCCUCUUAAUCGAAACCCUAAUCGUUUCUCCUCUUCUUCUCCCAAUCCCAACUUUCCGCGUCUCAAUUCUCCCUCCCCCAUCCCCACCUUCUUCCUCCACCGACGGAGAACAGUACCACUCGCCUUCUCCGAUCACCGGGCGGAAGAACCUCCCGCUACUCCGUCACUUCCGACUGUCUCCAUAUUUGUUGCUGCGGCAUCAGCUCUACUCUUUCUCCGUCUCUCAGGAAUCCCCGUCUGCCCUGCUGCAAUCGCCGCCGCUCGUCCUCUCCCUGCAUUAUCCGCGCCAGACGAUUCAGCUCAUCCGGAUGAUGCAACUUCAUCUGGGAAUGGAGAGAGAGUUGAAGUUGAUGAGGAGCUUGAAGCUGCAUUCGAUACUUGGAAGUCGAAGACAUUUGCUUUAUCAGUUCCUCUACGUGUUGUUGCUCUUCGUGGCUCAGUUCCCCCCUCAUGGCUCAAGGAUUUCAUCCAGUCUCAGAGCAAGAGGUUAAAGUUCAGCACCAAGUUUGUACCAAGUCUUGAGAGCAUCUUUGCUGAUCUAUCGGUGCCAAUAACCGACACGAAACGCAAAGUUGCUGCAACGUCUGUUGUGGCUGCUGAUUUAGUAAGUGUUGGUGACUCCUGGCUGAGUUAUGCAAUCAAAAGGGGAAUGAUCGAGCCAAUGAAUGGGGUGGAGGAUCAGGAUUGGUUUAAGGGCUUGAGCGAGAAAUGGAAGGUAUAUGUUCGCAGGAAUCAUCAGGGCGAAAUGGAUCCUGAAGGUCAGAUAUGGGCUGCACCAUAUCGAUGGGGUGGUAUGGUUAUAGCAUACAAGAGAAGCAAAUUUAAGGACCAUAAAUUGGCUCCAAUAGAGGACUGGGCAGAUUUAUGGCGGCCUGAGCUUGCAGGCAGGAUUUCAAUGGUUGAUUCUCCUCGAGAAGUUGUUGGUGCAGUCCUAAAAUAUAUGGGUGCCUCCUACAACACAACUGACAUGAACUCACAAAUCGCCGGAGGAAAGAAUGCGGUGCUGCAGAAUCUGGCGUCACUAGGGAAACAGGUCCGACUAUUUGACAGCACGCACUAUCUAAAAGCAUUUGGAGUGGGAGAUGUAUGGGUAGCGGUUGGGUGGAGCAGUGAUGUUCUUCCUGUCGCAAAGCGUAUGUCGAAUGUUGCAGUUAUUGUCCCCAAGUCUGGGACUAGCUUGUGGGCUGAUCUGUGGGCUGUCCCAGCGACUUCCAGGGUUGAAGCAGCAAACCAGCUCGGCGGAAGAGUCAGAGGGCCAUCUCCACUAAUUCACCAGUGGAUCGAGUUCUGUCUGCAGAAUGCAAGAGCAUUGCCCUUCAAGCAGGAGGUAAUCCCUGGAUCAAUUCCCUCGAUGCUCGACAGUAACUGUCAACCCGAAAUGCCUAAAGAGCUCGACGAAGGCAAACCCAAACUCGAGUCGAAUCUCGUUGGUGGAGCACCUUCUCCCGAGAUUUUGAGCAAAUGCGAGUUCCUGGAACCGCUAUCUGAAUCCGCGGCUUCAGAUUAUAAGUGGCUUGUUGGUAGCAUGCAGAGCGCUGAUGAUGGCCUAGCUGGAUUGAUCAGUAGGUUGCAGAAUGACAUGUUUUCUGCCGUUCGAACUUUUGGUACGAAGAAGCAGCAGUCAGAGUCCUAGACAGUAAAUGUGCUUAUGAUUCAACAUUAUUUUGAGUUGGCUAUCCAAACCUAAGCAAGUUGAAAGGGUGAAAUUUUGGGCCGUGAGCUUGGCCUGGGUCAAUUAGCGUUCGGGGUCUAAAUAUGGCGGGAUCUUAUGGCCGUUGUAACGGGCAGUUGGGUUUGACCCUAGGAACCCAUUCUGACCCAAACUAACCGACUCGAGGAAAGAAAUUUGACCCAGACUAACCGUUGGUCGGUUGACACGAACGGAACGUCGGGAUCCACACGUGAGAAGCAAAAUAAGAUUGGGCUACGUGAAAUGACGUCGUAUUCGAAUUUUAAUUCGUUUUUGCCUGGGAUCAAAACACAGCGCAGCACAGGCGAGAGCAUCUUUCUUUCGCUCUUCCCCACCGGCCACCAUCACCAACUUGCACAUUCCCAAUAAUUAAAAAACUCAGAAUUUUAUGGAAUUUUUUUUAUUAAUAAAUGUGGGUAUUUGACCAAGUUUUUUCAAUGGGAGAACCCAUUUAGUUGGUUUGAUUUUAAAGAACUCCGAUCCAACUCGUCUCAUUGUAUUUAUAAAAAAAAAAAAAGGUGUAGACCUGUAACAUAGAUAGACCCAUAUCAAGCAGCUUCUGGAGCUAACCUCAAAGCAGGAAAGAAAAGUAAAUAGAGAGGCACAUGUCUCAACAACACAAAGCGAGGGUUUCGCUAGUUAUAGGACUUGACCAAACAUCUCACGACACGAAUUGACGACAGACAUGCAACACUUGUAUGAAAGUCAGUAUCUUCUCAUUAAGGGCAGGUUUUGUUGUUCAUAUGUCAAGGGCUAGUGAGCGGAUACCACCCAGAUGCAUAAUAUACCAUGCCAGUUGAU